AUGAGCUCCGUGUACCAGAAAAACGGCCAGCCGUUGUCCGAGCACGCGCUCUAUGUCGCGAAGCUCAAGCACGGCGUGUUCAACAAUCCCAACACCCAGAACGUCGGUGUGGCCUCCAAUGCCUCCGACACCGCGGCGCUCCUCGCAGUUUCCAGUGACUUGACCAUCAAGCCAUACGAGCGCACGGUCGCGGCCGAGGCGCACACUGCGGCGCUCCAUGCAAAGGCACAAUCGCAGAAGCCGCAGGUGCGCGCGGGCCGCCCAGCUUCGCAGGCGCAGGGUGCCGCGCGCAAUGCGACAGACGCGGCCGCGCACGACGUCGAGAAUAUCGAUGAGUGGAACGCUGACAUGGGCUCCGAGUCCGCGCUUGGAGUUGCACGCGGCUCCUCGCAGAGCGCUGCGAACCACGCCUUGCAGCAGCCGCACAACUCGUACGCGAAGUCCGCGUUGGACAGCUUGUACUCGUUUGACGAUGUGCGCACGGGUACGUCAACUAUGAGCUCUACCACGCGCAAGACUGUGCCCCUGGGCCCGGUGACAUUUGGGCGCGAGGGCAUUCAGUCGCAGCUGGGCUCCUACGGCUUCAACAUCGCGACACUCAACCAGGCGGCCCAGAGCUCUGCAUCCAGGACAAUGACGUCGCGCAUCAACCCCGAGCUUGAUGCGCGGUCGGGCUUACAGUCUGCUGGUGCUUCGUCGGCGUUUGACAUCGGCAAGGUCCACAGUACCGCGAGCACGAACUCGGCGCAGAGCUUGAACGCACGCACGACCCCGGUCAAGAACUACCGCUCAGGUGUCGCGGCUGCAGCCGCUCCUGUGGCGUCUGCCGCGGAAACCGCUAGCAGCUACAUCAACCCGAACUUCCUCCGUGUUGCGCAGGAUCGUGCGAGCGCCCAGAUCCGUAGCAUUGAGCGCGAUAACAGCAUCAACAAUCCCGCGGCAUUCACCAAGGAGGACUACAUGAAGGCGUUGGCGGUUGCGACCGAGAAGCACAAGCAGCGUGCUACCACCGUCGGCAAGGUGGACGUUGGUGGCGGAUUAUUGAUCGACCAGGCACAGGUGGACGCGUUGGCGCGUAAGUUGGUGACGCCGGUACUCGCGGACAUUGACACGAAGGCGGGCGCGCAGCGCAAGCUCGACGCGGACAAUGUGCGCCUCAAGGCAGAGUUGAAGGCCGCGACACAGCAGGCCAAGCGCAACAAAGAGGAGGCCAAGCGUGCGGAGAAGCUGCGCCUCGCGGAGGAGAAGUUUGCGCGCAAGCAGGAGAAUAAGCGCCUCAAAGAGGGCGAGGUGCAGAAGCAGACGGAACUCCAGCGCGCGAAGCAGCAAGAGAUCAGCGAAACGGGCGACUUAUUGACGAGCACGCAGGCGGAAGCCGACGGCGAGAAGGCGGAACUUUUGGCGGCAAAGGCGGCCGAGGAGGAGCGCAUUGCAGGAGAGGAGACCGUUUUGCAAAAGGGGCGCGCGGACGAGUUGGCCGAGUUGCAGGCGGCGAAGGACGUCGAGUUGCAGCCGCUCUUGGACGAUCUCGCCGCCGAAACGGAGGAGGUGACCGCGUUGACCACGGAAAAGGAGACGUUGGCCACGGAGGUUGCCGGGUUGCAGACCAAGUCUGAUGCCGCCGAUGCGCAGUUGCGCGAGCUCGAGUUGAAGCUCGCGGAAACCGAAAAGCUUAUUGCCAGUGUGACACAGGAGCAUGCUACCGCGGAGACGCAGGAUACGGAAUUUGCUGCCGAGUUGGCCACGUACAAGGAGACGUCUGCGCGCGAGUUAGAAGAGUUGGCCGCAACGCACAGUGAUGGUGUGGAGAAGCAUGCUGCGUUGGAGACCGAGCACGCCGCGCUUGUCGACGCUCAUGCGCGUGCCAAGGACGAUAUCCGCGCUCACCUCGCGACAAAGGUGGUUGAUGAGCAGAAGAUCAAUGCCGCGUUGCCGCAGCACUUGCAGAAGGAGCUCGAUGUGGCGAAGUUGCAAGACGCGUCGACAUAUCUUCUGGAUGAAGAGCCGGAGGUCGAGGAGCCCAAGGUUCCGGAGGCGACGACGAAGGAAGCUGCCAAGGAUGCGAGCGCCGCUUCUAGUAAGCCAUCAAGCGCCACCACAAGACCAUCUACGGCGACAUCGGGCAAGACGGAAAAGUCCGGCUUCCGUAAGCGGUUGUCGGUUGUUGCAUCGAAGUUUGUCAGUCUGUCGGCCAAGCCAGUGGUGAAGACCGCUCGGGUGGCUGCUCCGGCGACGAAGAUCGAGGCUAAGACCGAAGCGACUGAGGCUACGCCGGUGACUACUGCCUUACCUGUCGAAGCGGCUGAAGUGAAGCGCACGUUCUCCGGGUUCUCACAGGGCUCCGUCGAGGAGGCUAAGGUCGAGGAGGCCAAGGUCGAGGCUGAGGCUAAGCCUGCCCAAAAGCAAAGUGUCUUCCUGGAAGACUUCUAG